GCUGAUGUUCAACAACGAGCUCAUGGCCGACGUCCACUUCAUCGUGGGGCCCCUGGGGGCGACCAGGAGGGUGCCUGCCCACAAGUACGUUCUGGCUGUUGGUAGCUCCGUCUUCUAUGCCAUGUUUUAUGGGGACCUUGCAGAAGUCAAGGCAGAAAUCCACAUUCCGGACGUGGAGCCUGCAGCUUUUCUAAUCUUGUUAAAGUACAUGUACAGUGAUGAGAUUGAUCUAGAAGCCGAUACGGUGCUGGCCACUCUGUAUGCUGCCAAGAAGUACAUUGUCCCUGCAUUGGCAAAAGCCUGUGUCAACUUUCUGGAGACAAGUCUUGAAGCCAAAAAUGCCUGUGUCCUGCUGUCCCAGAGUCGGCUGUUUGAGGAGCCUGAGCUGACCCAGCGCUGCUGGGAGGUCAUUGACGCACAGGCCGAGAUGGCCCUGAGGUCUGAGGGCUUCUGUGAAAUAGACUGGCAGACGCUGGAGAUCAUCGUGACUCGGGAGGCCCUCAACACCAAGGAGGCUGUGGUCUUUGAGGCUGUCUUGAACUGGGCUGAGGCAGAGUGCAAGAGGCAGGGCCUACCGGUCACCCCACGCAACAAGAGGCAUGUUUUGGGGCGAGCCCUCUAUCUGGUCCGAAUUCCAACCAUGACCCUGGAGGAGUUUGCCAAUGGCGCUGCGCAGUCGGAUAUCCUGACACUGGAGGAGACCCACAACAUCUUCCUAUGGUACACAGCUGCCAAUAAGCCCCUCCUCGACUUCCCCCUGACGAAGAGGAAGGGCCUCACCCCCCAGAGGUGCCACCGCUUCCAGUCUUCUGCCUACCGCAGCAACCAGUGGCGGUACCGUGGGCGCUGUGACAGCAUCCAGUUUGCUGUGGACAGAAGGGUAUUUAUUGCAGGUAUGGGCUUAUAUGGGUCCAGCUCUGGGAAGGCUGAGUACAGUGUGAAGAUUGAACUCAAGCGGCUGGGGAUGGUUCUGGCUCAGAAUCUGACCAAGUUUGUGUCAGAUGGAUCCAGUAACACUUUCUCAGUCUGGUUUGAACACCCCGUCCAAGUUGAGCAGGACACCUUCUACACAGCUAGUGCCGUCCUGGAUGGCAGUGAGCUCAGCUACUUUGGGCAGGAGGGGAUGACAGAAGUGCAGUGCGGGAAGGUGACCUUCCAGUUCCAGUGCUCCUCGGACAGCACCAAUGGGACCGGGGUCCAGGGCGGGCAGAUCCCUGAGCUCAUCUUCUACGCCUGAGAUGCGCUGUGAAGACAUCGGGGAAGGCUAGGCUGCCCAGCCUGUCCUUCACAGCA